AUGAACGUUUUAGGCAGAAGUUUGAACGAAGAUCAAGUUAUACAAUUGCUGGGCGAUGGAAACUUCUCCGACAUCGAAGAUUUUGAGGACGUCGACGACGAAAUCCAACCCAGCACUUUCGAAAAUCUUCAGUUGGAUGAUCCAGAGCCUGAACCACAGCCGUUUGUAGAACCGAGCCGGAACCGAUGCAAGAUACUCCUGGACCAUCACAACUAA